AUGGAUGUGGUGAUCAUGAUUGCAACGCUGAAUUUGUUAGUAAAAAGUGACGGCUCAUUUCCUAUUAAUGAAUGGAUACCUAUUUCGAAAAACGAAAUUCUACAUCAUAAUUUUAUAACAAGUACCUACAACGUUGCAAUCAAUAAAGAUGCUAUUAGUGACACAGCACCAAAUGAACAGGACGAUGAAAUGGAAAUAUUAAGAGAUGGUGUAAUUAAGAUGGUGACACCUCAAAUUACAUUGAAUAACAAAGGUUUCGAGAAUCCAUUACACGAAGAAACAAAUAAAACUGCAUUUGUACAAAUAUAUGAGGGAUGUAUAGCAUGCAAUAACGAUACUGAAAUUUUAUACAACGAGAAUUCAACAAAAUCAACACAUGGAGCGAAGAAAGUGGAAUCUAUAGAUGUAGAAACCAUUCGUAAACCUAAAGCGAUUAGAGAUAAUAUAAUCUCUAAUAACGUUAUCAAAUCAGAUAAAGAAAAGGCAAGUACUGAAGAAUCACCAAAAAAUGAAGAUAUAAUAACAGAAGAAGCUCACAAUACAUAUGAAGUUAUAGAAGAUUUUAUGUUACCUAAAGUUUUAAGCAACCAAGAGCAUAACAAUAAUAAGUACGUGUAUCCAAUUCCCAAAAUUAAGUUAUCCACUUCUAAUAAUAGCAAUUUAAAAUCAUUCAAUAAUACUUUAAGUGAGUAUAAUAUAGAAAAUCCUGAUAAAUUGUCAAAUUAUGCUCUGUCACGUUUGGGAAGAAAUUAUGAACGCAAGAAACACCAGAAUGUUUAUAUUCCAUUUUCUAUUCCUUACGGAUAUGGUUAUAACAGCAGAAAUCAUUUGCCAGUGAAUCCUUUAUUGGCUGUCUUUUUAUCUAAUUAUGGUUAUUACUUACCAUCUCUGUAUGGAUUGCACAAUAACUAUAGAAACCUUUACGGAUACUUGGCAUCACAUAACAUACACAAUAAUUUACCGUUUGGUUAUUAUAAAAUAUUUUCUGAUACAGACUCGUCGAAUUAAAAUUUUAAACUUAAUACUUAGCACUAAGA